AUGAAGCCCGACCCCGACGCCGCCGCCGAAGAAAACGCCUACGAGCUCCUCCGGCAGCAAAACAUCCUCAAGAACAAAGCCCUCCUGCAACAACUCUCCCUCGACGCCGCCAGCGUCUCCGCCAGCCGCCCCCCCAAACCCUCCUCCUCCUCCACGCCCGCCUCCUCCUCCACCCGAAAGCGCGCCCCGCGCAAGCCCGCCGCCGAAUCCACGCUCCCGCGGCGCACGUCCAGCCGCCUGGCGGGCCUGCCCGCGGACUCCGAGGCCGCGAAGCGCAAGGCCGAGGACGACGAUGCGGCGCUGAGCGCCAGUCUGCUGGAGAAUGCGGCGAAGCGCAUGAGGGUGCCUGGGGACCUGAGCUUUGAGCUGAAGAAGGGCUUGCUGGAUGAUGGCGGGGCGAGGGGGGCCCGGGGGAGGACGUUUACGGAGGAGGAUGUGAAGGGGACGACGGACAAGGAUCUGAGGAGUAUGAGGGAGAAGAUGAGUGCGCUGAAGCUGUAUGAUCGGUUUGAGGUCAAUGUGGAAUGGACUGACAGCGGUGAUGGUGCGGCGGCAGACAUCAAAAUCACCCCCGAGCGCAUCUACGCCCUCGCCUUCCACCCCACCACCACCAAGCAGCUCCUCUUCGCCACCGACAAGACCGGCAACCUCGGCAUCUUCGACGCCACCUCCACCAACCCCACCCCCGACAUCUCGACCUACAAACUGCACGCGCGCACCAUCUCCGCCUUCACCAUCCCCGCCGCCUCCCCCACCACCCUCUUCACCGCCUCCUACGACGGCAGCAUCCGGUCCUUCAACCUCACCACCGGCGUCGCCACCGAAGUCCACGCCGGCGACGACGACGACGACGACGACGCCCUCUCCGCCAUCGACCUCGCCGACCCCCACACCAUCUACUUCACGACCCUCCUCGGCCGCCUCGGCCGCGUCGACACCCGCGCGCGCGGCGCAGAGCAGUGGACCCUCAGCGAGAAGAAGAUCGGCGGCUUCGGGCUGCACCCGCGCGCGCCGCACCUGUGCGCCACGGGGUCGCUGGACCGCACGGUGAAGCUGUGGGACCUGCGGCGGAUGGUGGGGGAGGGGGAGGGGCGCGCGCCGGCGCUGCUGGCGAGCCACACCAGUCGGCUGAGUGUGAGCUGUGCGCUGUGGAACAGUAAUGGGACCUUGGCGACGACGUCGUAUGAUGAUACGGUCAAGCUGUACAAGUUCCCCGACGCGCACACGUGGGCGGCGCCGCCGGCGGCGAGGGGGAAGGGGAAGGAGAAGGAGGCGGAGGUGAAGGAGAUCGAGCCGGCGCAUGUGAUACGGCACAAUAACCAGACUGGCCGAUGGGUCACCAUCCUGCGCGCCCAGUGGCAGCAGACGCCGCCGGGGGGCCAGCACAAGUUCGUCAUCGCAAACAUGAACCGCUACCUCGACAUCUACAGCGAGUCCGGGGAGCAGCUCGCGCAGCUCAGCCACGAGAGCAUCACCGCCGUGCCGGCCGUGGCCCAGUUCCACCCCACCAUGGACUGGGUCGCGGGGGGCACCGGGAGUGGGAAGAUUGUGCUCUUCAGUUGA